GUUCAGUGUAAGCAUUUUUUAAACAAUUAAUAAAAUAUUUAGUGAGGUAAUUUGAUAUUAAAUUAAGCAACUUUCGGUGUAGAAAUAAAAUAUUGAUUAUUUGAAAUAUAUUACUUGUUUUAACGAUAAAACAAAUAUAAAUUUUAAAAGUUUAGAGAUGACACUUAAGCGAUAAUCACACUUGUUUAAUUUUUUACGCUGUAAGUAAAUGUAGUCAUACACGACAUACCUGUGUUUUUGAUCGGUAAGAAUCUUUUCGCCAUACACGACAUACAGAGCCAUUUACGUUCGUCUUUCAAAGAGUAAACAUGUGCGAAAUUAAGUGGAUAAUCGAAUUUGGCCAUAUACAUACACCGAUCGUAAAAAAUCGAAAAUCUUCGCCAAAUGGAUUUGUUACAGAUUUGCAGCCGAUAAUACUAGUUACUGUUCAACUAUCGUAUAGUAUCACAGCUCUAGUGUUUUGACAUUUCAAAGUUGUAUACGUGUAUACGUGUAAAUUUCUCUGGUUUUUAUUUGACGUGGUUACUCGAUUCCCUUCAAUUUGCUAAAGGUUGCACUAAAUAUAAGAAAUAAGUCUCAAAAAUUCAAAAUAUUUAUUACACUGCCGUGCUUCCCAGCCUACCUGACGUAGGUGUGCCAAUAUGCGUCCUGAAAUCAAGUCUUUCCACCGAAAACAGUUACCAGCUUUUUCGCUGAUGCUGUUAUCGUUAAUGUUAUUUGGAUUCACAUCCGCUCAACGGGUUGCUCCAGGAGUUCCUCCACAACACUAUCAACAAGUUCCGGUGCAGCAUAAUCAGCAGCCACAAUAUCAACAGCAACAACAACAACAAAUACACCAUGCGCCAAACGUUAACCCUCAGCAUUAUCAACAGCAAGUGCAAUAUCAGCAGGUGCCCGUGCAACAGCAACAGCAAUAUCAACAACAACAACAGCCGCAAUUUCAACAGCAGCAACCACCACAACAACAGCAACAAUUCCAACAACAGCCUCCACAGCCAGUACAACAACAAGCGCCACAUGCACCUCAUCAGGCUCAUCAUGGCCAACAGCAAGUGUUGAAUGCAGCCAACAUUCAAGAUGAGAGAGCUCACAUUCAGGAGCACAUGCAGGUUCCAAUUGAUACGAGCAAAAUGUCUGAAGCAGAACUGCAAUUUCACUACUUCAAAAUGCACGAUUCUGAUAACAACAACAAAUUGGACGGUUGUGAACUCAUAAAAUCACUUAUUCACUGGCAUGAGCAAGGAAGCAAAGAGCAACCGCACAACGAACAGACGCCACAUGUGGAAGAAAAGAUCUUCUCUGAUGAAGAGCUAGUGGCAUUGAUCGAUCCCAUUCUUCAAAUGGAUGAUACGUCACGCGAUGGUUAUAUUGACUAUCCAGAAUUUAUAAAGGCACAACAAAAGGCUGUGGCAGCAUCACAACAAAAACAACAACAACAGCAGCAGCAGCAGCAACAGCAACAGCCACAAAGUGGAAAAUAAGAGAUACAAUGAAAUAUGUUUCUUAUUAUUUGUUGUUAUCCCUAUUCUACUUAAGAACUCUUAGGAUUCCAUGACAGAAUUUUUCCGGCGCAAAAUUAUGAUUAGAAUUUGUUUGUAAUUUUUUUAGUUCUUCUGUUUUUUUUUUUUAACAAUUUUUCAUUUUGAAUGUCGUCAUUACAAACAAAAGGCAACUUUUCUAUUUAAUAUAGCUGUGCGCACGAACAAAUUAUGUAUUUAGCAAAUUAAUUUCAGCAAACCUCUUUCUUCUCGAAUCUCUUUCUUUUUUGGAUACCUAAUUUAUUUAAUUAUCUUAGGUAAAUUUAUUUGUAUGUAGGUAUUUUAGAACUGUGCUCAUUACAUCUAUGGUACAUAAAAUGUGAAUAAAGUUAGAUUUUCUACAAAAAUUUAAAUAUAAUAAAUAUUCAACGAAAAAAAAAAGAAUGACAAAAAUUAAAAAAAUUAAAAAAUAUGUGCUUAACUGUUCAAUGCAAAUAAGAUAACUACAUGCUAGAAAACUGACUGAUUGUGGCACAUUUUGGCAAGAUAAUAAAUAAAAAUAUUGAAAACAAAUUUCGUGAGCAGAAGUAAGAUUUUAUAUAGAGACACAAUCAACAUUUUUACUCACCCAUCCAAACAGGGUUAGGUCUUCCAAAGAACAGCUCUAGGUCGCAUAAAAUUCGUGUCAUUUCCGGUAACGUAGAAUGGAAAUUAACACACAAAAUUUAAUAUAACUACAAUUACGAAAUAUUAAUAUUGGUUUCGUGAUCUAAAAUGUUUUUUGUUUUUGUUUAAUUAUUUUUUUGUUUUUGUUUAAUUAUUUUUUUGUUUAAUAACUAUUUAUUUGUUUAUUUUUUGUCGAUUUUUUUCGUUUGGUUUCUCAUAAAAGUUAAUUUUACUAUAAGUAGUUGUCAUAGUUUGUCGGCGCAGAUUUUGUUGAUUCAAUGUAUAUAUAUAAACAUUUCUAAGUUUUCAUUGUUUUCGUCUAUACGGCCUAGUAGUAGAUAGCACAACAUAUAUAAAUGCUUACACAUGCUCCUUCAAAAGAUACAGGUUUGGUGGCAUAUAGUGGGUUUGGUUUUUGGUGAGCUUAAAUUGGUUAAAAAGCAUGGUUUCAUCAUACUUUUGCAAAUCUAGCUUUAGUAAUAAAAAUAGAAUAACACCACAUUUUGCAUACAAUUUUCAUUCAACCAUAGUUCAAGGCGCGCACGAUAAAACGGAUGAGCAUCAUGAGACUGAGGAGGCAAAAGGCAAAAUUUACUCCGAUGAACAAUUGACUGGCAUAAUUGAUUAUGUGCUAAAGCAAAUGGAUUUGAAUAACGACGGUUACGUAGAUUAUGCAGAGUACCGCAAGAGUGAGGAUGCUCAAAUAAGUGAUGAUAACAAAAAGCCAUAAAAUUCAUAAAAUUUUUAAACAAGUGUAGAAAUUUUUUGAUUCUUUAAAUAAAAUUGUUUAGCUUUAUUUUGUACAUAUUGUUUUUUUUUUUGUUUCAAUAUUUCCAUGUUAAAUUUGUUAUGAUUUGAAAUUCUUAUGAAAUGAUAUUUUUAUUUAAAUAUAAAGAAGCGUGUUUUGCGUUAAACUAGUCACUCAGUUUUUGAGACAUCGAUCCGCAUACAUCCUUUCCUCCUCCAAAAACUGCUCAUUUGUCGGAAUAGCUGAUAUCGGACCACUAUAACUCAUAG